AAACCAUCAACAAACUGGACAACACUCAUCAUUAGCUGUAUAAAACUCGCUACCUCAUUAUGGAUAUCGAGCACACGAUCGAUCCAUUCAGAGACGAAGGCACCACUAAUGCUGCGCUUACCUCCGCUUUACCUCCAUCUCCGCCUCCAUCUCUGCCUCACGCAUCCCCACCUACCAAUUAUAACCUAAGUUUGGCUACCUCUAAUAUUUCACCGCCAAACCACACAUCUAGCACCUACUCUUCCAACUUGGUCUCGUCAGCCCAUUCAUCAGAAGCUCCCAAACCGAUCUCUAUCUCACCAAUCACCACCCCUGGGCGUGGCGGAAGACCAACCCUGAGGGAUUUGAAAGAUGUUGAAGAGAUUCAAAUUGUGGACGCCGUAAAGACCAGUGAGGGAAGCUCUUCUACGUAUAUAGCUUACGUCAUUCAAAGUAGUCGUGGUACGGCGCGACAUCGGUAUUCCGAAUUCGAAUCCCUUCGGUCUGCUUUAGUUUCUCUUUAUCCAGUUCUGAUUGUCCCACCCAUUCCCGACAAGCAAUCUUUAGGUGACUACGCUUCACAUCCCUCUUCAAUGACCAAAACAAAAGAAGACCCCGUAACGGUUGCUCGGCGCCGGCGCAUGCUCGGAGUCUUUCUCAACCGGCUGGUUCGUCAUCCAGUGCUUGGUCGUGAGCGAGUCCUGUGGCGAUUCCUUGCGGAGGACCUAUCGUGGUCUGAAGUACUCCAUCAACCCCCGCUAACGACGUUGCCGAAGAAUGCGCUGCGCGCACCUGCGCAUGAUCCCUCUAAUCCUGAUCUCCAAGCCCUCUUUUCUCACUUACCUGUACCUUCAUCGUCGGCGGCGCCCCUCCAGGACCCAGACCAGCGUUUCCUCGAUUCGGAGGUCUUCACUCAAAAAUUCUCCGCUCAUCUUAGUGGAAGCUUAGAGAAAAUCAAUCGUCGGCUCAUGAAGCGAUGGUCUGAUCACGCUGUGGAUCAAGCUGAAAUGGGCGGCGUGCUUAACGGAUUCGCACUGGUGGAAGCCGAAGCCACCAGCACGGCUAUCGAGCGCACAGGGCAGGCCGUAGAUGCUACCUAUGUCGCCACCAACAUCAUGCUGCAAGACUGGGAAAGUCAAUUCACCGAACCCUUACACGAAUAUGCUCAAUUCUCGAAUGUGAUUAAGCAUCUUCUUCGGUUCCGACAUCUCAAGCAAGCUCAAUUCGAGAUGGCUCGUGAUACACUCGAUACCAAACGUCUUGUUUUAGAAGACCUAGAACGAAGUGAGGGUGAGGCUCAGCGUUUAGAGAGUGCGCUCAGUCGCGUACGUCAACUAGACCAGAGACGGGACGACGAUGAUGGUUCUUCCACUGUGGCUCCCACAAAUCACGUCAUUGGGUCAUCUGGUCCAGCUCUAAUCACGCCACUCAGAAAACCGGCCUCCACAGGUUUCUUGGGUGCCUUGAGACAUUCUCUCAAUGGGUUGGCCGACGUUGAUCCCGAAAGCUCCAGGCGAAAUAGCAUAGGUAAGCAUAAAGACUAUAUCACCAAUCUCGAAGACGGUCUGCGUGCGGCGUCUGCUGACUUGCGAUAUUGUUCUCAGACGAUCCAGGCUGACCUUGAUCGAUUUCAACGUCAGAAAGUUGCCGACUUGAAAGACAUGUGUCUGGCUUUUGCGCGAUUUCACAUACAGCUUUCAAAAAAGAAUCUCGAACAAUGGGAAGCAGCGAAAGAAGAUAUCAGCAAAGUCUUGACUGACUCAUGACAAUUAUAAUCACAGUUUAAUUUGUACACUUAUUCACUUCAUCUCUUAUGCGUUCUGAGUUUAGGCUUUUCUCGUAUGCUAAACCGGCUUGAGACUUUCAUAAGAUGCAUGUUCAUAAUUUAUUUGUUAGUUUAACUAAAUGGACCUUUUUGGCCAUUGUAACUUUCAUCUAGGGCCCCUCU